AGAGAGAGAAUCAUCCAGUUGGUUUGGUGGGUCGUAGAAGAACUCCCAAUCAGAGCCAUUCUAGCUUGUGUCCAUUAGUAGGGGGCAUUUUUAUUUUUAAGAAGACAAGAUAACGCUGAAAGUAGAUCAAAUCACAUUUGACCCCUGGACACACGGUUGUGAUUGAUGGGUUUCGGAUCAACGGUGCUGGCAUAUUGGGUUUGACAAAUAUGGUCCCACUUUGAUUAAAAAAAUUUACCUCCUUUUGUGCCUCUCUAGAGAUGCUCAUAUAUUGCUUCACUUCAGCUCCGUCUCCCUUUUCAUUCCUCUCUCUCUUCUUUCUCUCUCUAAUUGGAGGUAGCCAAGUCAGAGCAGCCGACAGGGAGCAUCCGUCUCAUCUUCAAUACGAAUCGAUUUCGUACAUCUGAGGGGGAGAAUUUGAAAUGGAUCUUAAGGAGAUACCGAAGAAAGUACCCCCUGAUCACCAAUCUUUCAACAAUUUCAAUCUGCAGCAGUGUCAGCAGAAGUGGGAAGAAGAAGAUUCUUCAAUGCAAGACUACGAGAUGAACACUGAACAAAGCCAGUUCCCAGAAUUCAACCAACCAUCUGAAGCCCCGUCUUCAGUUACUCCCAAUCCAAAUAAUGAAACUAAAAUCCCAGAAUGGGAUCCAAGGGCAAUGCUGAGCAACCUGUCUUUCCUUGAACAAAAGAUCCAUCAACUCCAAGAUUUGGUUCGUUUAAUUAUGGGCCGUAGAGGCCAGGGUCCCUCUCGGGCUGAUGAACUUGUAACUCAGCAACAACAGCUUGUCACUGCUGAUCUCACUUCAAUUAUAGUUCAACUGAUUUCCACCGCAGGUAGUCUUCUCCCUUCUGUAAAGCAAACCCUGUCAGCAAAUCCCUCAUUUGGUCAACUUGGUGGAGUUGUAUUUCCGUCCGGCCCAAAUUUUAAUGGAAAUGGAAACAAGGUUACUGAUCAGCCCAACCAUGUUGAUCUCAAAACUGAACAAAAUUGGACUGAAGAACAUGAGUCAAAAGAUGAAGAAGAUGGUGACGAAGGGGAAAACCUUCCACCCGGUUCCUAUGAAAUCUUGCAACUAGAGAAAGAGGAAAUUCUUGCUCCUCACACCCACUUUUGUAUGAUUUGUGGAAAAGGGUUCAAGAGGGAUGCUAAUUUACGCAUGCACAUGAGAGGCCAUGGGGAUGAGUAUAAAACUGCUGCUGCACUAGCAAAACCUAAUAAGGAAUCGAGCUCUGAGCCAAUGCUUAUCAAGAGGUAUUCAUGCCCAUAUGCCGGUUGCAAGCGGAAUAAAGAUCAUAAAAAGUUUCAGCCUCUUAAGACCAUCUUGUGUGUCAAAAACCAUUACAAGAGGACCCAUUGUGACAAGAGUUACACUUGUAGUAGAUGCAACACUAAAAAAUUCUCUGUUAUUGCGGAUCUUAAAACCCAUGAAAAGCAUUGUGGGAGGGAUAAAUGGCUUUGUUCAUGUGGCACAACAUUCUCAAGAAAAGACAAGCUUUUUGGGCAUAUUACUCUUUUCCAAGGCCACACUCCUGCAAUUCCACUGGAUGAAACUAAAGGCUCGCUAGUUGGGCCAUCUGAUAUAAUGGAGACUACUGAAACAGCGGAUAAGGUUGGAUUUCUAGGUGUCAACUUCGGCUCAAACAUUUCUAAUGCGAUUGGUGUUCAAAAUGUCGGGGAUGUUAAGGGGAGUGCUGAUGAUGAUUCUGCGAGUUUUUUCUCGCCAUUGAGUUUUGAUGCGAGCAAUCUUGGGGGGUUCCAUGAGUUCCCACGACCUCCAUUUGAUGAUUCAGACACUUCGUUUUCAUUUCUGUUGUCUGGAUCAUUCAAUUAUGCGCGGAAGAAUGGAGGGGAGUCUGGUUCUAAUGAUCUUGAAUGAUAUGGGAAAGUUGAUUUUGGGCUUGUGGAAGGAAUCCAUUCCAUUGUUUCCUUUUGGUAUAGGUAUUUGUGUGGUAAUGUGAUUCCAUGUACUAGUAAUUUCUUGAGCUUUAAUAAUAGUAGUUCCUUUCUUUCUGUUA